AUGCGAUCAGCCCUGUUAGAGCUACCGGCCGAAAUUCGUGUCAAUAUUCUCGAGCAUCUGCUGCAACGUCCCAUCUGGCAUACAAUUUCCAGGCCGAACACACAGGCUGCCAGAGAUCAUGGGUACACUGACGGAGUUGGACAUGUAACUCUGGUCCGCGAAAGAGAUGAAUGGAGGUCUAUUUCCGUCGCCAGGCCACCUGGCCUCACUAUACUCUGUCCAGCUAUCCUACGCACAUGCCGUCUCCUUCACAACGAAGCCAUGGGUCUGCUCUACGGCAAAUGUCUCUUCGUCCUCAACAUACAGAACAUGCGGCCCCCAGCCCUUCCCUUCGUCAACGGACAGCCUGCAAUAGCAGCAGGCCCUACGAAAGCCUCGAUCUUCUUGCGCUGGAUCAACCACGUACAUAUCCGCCAGCACAUCACUCCAGAAGAAGACCUUUCGCAAAACGCUCAGGCUUUGGAUUCUUUGAUCAGAUGUCUCAGUCCAGAACGCAAGACGACAUCUCUGACUCUACACUUUGAUUCGAUGUGGUUCGUCAACGAUGGAGAGUGGCCUCGAGACGCUCGGCCCGAGUAUGUGUGGCAGCUGUUCGGUGCUGAACUCGCUCGUAUGCGGAUAGGUGAUCAACCUCAAAUCCGGGUCUCUUCGCACUGGUUGGAGCUGGAAGGAAAGGAGAGAUUUGACGACCUGGCUUUGAAGAUUGGAGGUGUAGAGAAGGCCAACAUACCAGGAGAUCAUUUGGACAGUGCGAGCAUUGGCACUACGUUGGAUGGCCGACUUGCGGUCUACCACUUCUUCUGUUGGCGCCCUGUUCGAAUAAGAUGGAUUCGGCAGCAGAGCUGCUCCAAAAUGCGGCCACUACUGUCUCGUGCCCCUUUUCAAGAUCUCAACUGCACGCGAAGCUGGAGCAACACGGCUGCGUUUGAUCGGCAAGACUGUUUCGAUGUCGGCAUUGGAUGCUGUACCAAGAUGCAAGUCUUCAAUAUAUCCCUCUUGACAACCGCUAGAGGAUACGCUCCUGUUCCGCCCUCACGCGAUGACAUCUCCUGUCGCCUGCGCAGUGGGCGUUUCUCAUCCUUGAUGUUCCGUGAAAGAGUCUUCAAGCUGUAA